UCGCUUCAUCUUUCCCACCCUAAACGACAAAAUAUCAACGGCGAUCACACUUAUCUUUACGAUAUGGUUUCGACAGUUGUCUAAACGUUUCCUUUACCAUCCGCCAUGAGUCUCAACGGGCCACUCGAUACAUGGUAAUGCUGAUUUUUUGGACGUUCAGUUCGCGAACGAUCAAUUAAAAAUCCAGUUGCGCAAGCCAUCCUGGAAUUCUCAGAUCUUUAAGAGAGACAAGUAAAAAACUACCCAUCGUAAGUUCGAUUGUCGUUCCUCCAUCCUCGUAAGCACAGAAAAAGACGCAUUAUUCAAGCGAAACUUCACAGUAAUAGAAGUGCAAAAGUGUGAAGCAAAAGUGCGAGCAGUCGACGAGUUAAAACAGCAACCAGCUACAGCAAGUGGUGAGUCUGGCGUCUGCGUAGCAUCUGGCCUUAUCGCACGGUAAAAUUUCAUGAUAUCGAGUGCUCGCGGGCGCUUCAGGGGAGAGCGUACGCCGCACACGAUGCUGUAAAGAAGAGAUAUUUCGGAAAAGCCGUAUAAUCCUGCGAGAAGAGAGGGGGAAAUAAUUGGGUCUUUUACGCAGUGAAAGCGAAAAGAAGAGCAAAAACAUGAUUCGAGCGAGUUUAUUGUUGGCCUUGCUGAUCCAAUGCAGCAUGGCAAUCGAAUGGAAGCACAGCGCAGUGCUGGACAACAACUUCCUCGUGCUAUGGACACCCGGUGAGAACGACGUGACCUUCGAAGUGCAGGUCAAGACGCCUGGCUACGUCGGCUUCGGCUUUACUCGUGAAGACGGCAGCGAGGGUGUCGAUAUGGUGAUUGGUUGGGUGGACAACAACGGCCAAGUCCAUCUUCAGGACCGCCACGUGAAGGGUGCUAACAGGGAUCCGCAAAUGGACUCGAGCCAGGACUACCACUUGCAGUCGGGAUACGAGAACAAGACGCACACGGUGUUGCGCUUCAAUCGCCGAUACGACACCUGCGAUCCGAGGGAUCUCAAAAUAACGAACGACACACUGCAGGUGGUGUGGCAAUAUCACGUUGACGAGCCAGCGUCGGCUGCUGGUGUACUUCCAGCGGAUGGAGCGGUCAGAGGCACACGACCGCUCUACCUUGUGCAGAGAGAUGUGCAACCACGACGGGUUGCUAACCAAGGCACUAAUGCUCGUAAUAUCGAACCCGAACCUGUACUUCACGUCUGGGACCUGUUUAAUGCUCAGGUACGCUUGCCAAUGGAUCAAGACACGCUACUCCAGUGCCGUGUAUUCAGUCUACCCAAAAUCGUACGCAAACAUCACGUUGUCAGGUACGAGCCCGUUAUCCAACCCGGAAGCCAAGAGUACCUUCACCACAUGACCCUGUACGAGUGCCGUGGCGAGGAGGCUAAGCUCAUCGAGGCCAAGAGGACCAACGGCACCGCCUGCUCACCUACAGACUGGCUGCAUGCUCAAUGCAAUACCAUUGCUGCUACCUGGAGUCUUGGUUCAGAGGGCUUCAAUUAUCCGGCCGAGGCAGGCUACGCUCUGGACCCACGCAACGGGCCACGAUUCUACAUGUUCGAGACUCACUACUCGAAUCCUCAACUGGAUGCUUUCGUCACCGACAGCUCGGGUUUGAGGCUUCUUUAUACCGACAAACUGCGUACACACGAUGCCGGCGUAUUGAGCGUAGGCAUCGAUCCCAAUUGGAGACACAUUAUUCCACCAGGACAACCGGAAGUCAUAUCCGAGGGACACUGUAUCGCAAGGUGUACCGAGGACACGGUACCCGAUAACGGUGUCAAUGUGUUCGCCGUCAUCAUGCAUACGCAUCAGCUCGGCAAGAAAAUACGACUGAGGCAGAUCAGGGACGGCAAGGAAUUGCCACCCAUCGCCGCGGAUGCCAGUUACGAUCCGAGUUAUCAAGAGUACAGGAGGCUUCAGCGACCUGCCAAGGUUCUGCCGGGUGAUCAUUUGAUAGCCGAGUGCACGUACUCGUCGCAAACGCGCCAGACGAUAACGCUCGGCGGACUAUCGACCAAGGAGGAAACUUGUCUAGUCUCGGCGCUGUACUACCCGAGGAUCGAUUUGUCCUUGUGCUACUCGCUACCGGCACUACCAACUGUACUUCACAGCCUUGGCAUCGACAAACUUGAGGGUCCGUCUCCAUUGAAGAUAAUAUCGCCCCCAGAACUGAAAGGCAUGACGUUGGAAGAGCGUUUGGUCACCUACGACUGGCAAACGAAUUUCCAGAACUUCGCGGAUGCGACGCGUACCGGUACGUUCAAGCCACUGUGCUCGAGCACGAAAGGUACAAUCCUGCCGGAAACUUCACUGGAAUCGCAUUAUCCACGAAUACUUUGGCCAUACCAAGAGCCGAAAGUUCCGUGCACGCGGAAACCGCAGCGAAACAAAUUGUCAAUGCUGUUGGACGGUGAGAUUGGUGGCGUCGACAGCGAUGAGUCGAAUGCCGUCGAGAGAGGCCAGCUGGUACGCAAUAAAGUGUCACGUAGCAGUGACUCGUCGUCGGCGGCGUCGAGUAUAAGGUCUGCAUCGUCGACGGCGUUAGUGCUGACACUCGUGGCAGUGGCGCUCAGGUGAAGCAGCGCAGCACCCGAGUUGCCGCUCAAUUAUUUUUAUUGCCGCUAUUAACUCUUUGCGUUGUAAAUUUUGUUAACUACUGGUUAGGCUGCCUCACAUACAUACGUAUAUAACUACACACACACAUACACACACACACACUAUGUAUUAUACGUAACAACCUCGCCAGCAAGUUGCGAGACUAAUCGAAUGAGAAAGACGGGAGCAGCUGAGCAGCGUUCGUUCCUGCCACACUAAUCACCGUACUUGCUUUAACUAAUUGUUUUCUCUUUUUGCGCGCAUGCAAGAAUAGUUGCUCGGCUACUCGCUGCUGUCCUGACGAGUGAAAGUGGCGAUCGACCAGUUGACUUUGAACGGGAAUCGAUCGUUACUUUUACUUCGCAGAGAUAUAUGACACGUAUAUAUAUAUAUAUAUAUCUCUUAAUUAUAUAUAUUACAUGUCGUUCUGUACAGUUCGUUCGAGACUUUUUUAAAACGAAAAAAAAUUAACGAGCGCAUAUAUUAUUAAUAAUUAACGAGCGAAGCGUUUAUUUAUUCCUACUUAAGGUUCUCUUACGUACGAGAGAGCGAUCAGUCACGUACGAUGUUUUUUUUUCCACUUCUUGUUAAGCUUUCUGUAUAUCUCGUAAACGAGCUCACGAUCGAUCGAUUAUUUUUUUUUUAUACGACUGAAUGAUAGAUUUUGAGGAACACCGAUCAUACGUGCUCGUCUACGUUGAUAAUACCGUUGCACAUCUAUAUAUCAAUACGUUUCCUGCCACAACUUCUCCCUCAACACAGUAUAAUAAAGUUGCUGCUUGCCUUUUAUUUAACCCUCUGACUGACAUAUUAACUGAUCACCAUAUAUCUUUUGAACGAUUCGUCGAUGUUAGAUUUUCACAUUAUAAUCCGCGAACACACGGUGCGCAGAAAAAGGGGGAGAAAGAGAGAGUUUAAUCAAAUAUAUUUACCAAUGUCGUAGUUACAUAUUUUACGAUUUAAUAUCUGAAUUAUUCAUCGGUGUCAUAGAGGACGUCUGUGUGCGUAGCGUGAUUAUAGGCUCGAUCAAUUUUUUGGAUAUGAUCUUGAUUACUGCGCUACCGGAAAAACGUUUGCCUUUGGCCUUUGGAAAAUUAUUGUGAUAAUCAUCAUUGAGUGUACGACGAAAAAAUUCGUUUAUUUUUUUAUUCUUUGACGAAAAGAAACAUUUUUACGAAUUCGAAAGUUAAUCGAAGGCGAAGGUUUUUCGAGGAAACCAGCAUUUCAAACGAAAUAAGAAACAAAAUCUAUUUGAGAGCUUUUAAUAUGUAGAGAUGCAAGUAACGUUCAAGCGUUGGUUCAAAGGCUGUUGAUUAUGACGAGAAUAUAUAUCAGACCGUCAAAAAAUUUCACGCGUUACGAGCGUUACGUAGAUGAAAAUAAAAAAAAAAAAGAAAAUAAGAAAAAACUGCCGGUGAUAUAACCAGAACAAUCAAGAAAAGUGUUGUUGAGCACUUCUCACACUCGAAGGUUUACGAGAUAUAAAUUGCGGUUUAUAGGUAGUUCGAUGCACCAUUACACAGCAAUGUGAGAAGGAGAAUAUAGAGAUUUAUCAUAGUCGACAGUUUUCUUUUUCGGGCAUCCAAACGCGUAACGAAGAGCGUUUCAGUUUCCAUUUCUAUAAUGCGGCUCUCGAUUAUUCAUUUUGCUCCAAGUGUCUGUAUGUGCGCGCGUGAAAACGUUCAAUCCGAGGAAAGUUCAAUUAUCUACGGCAACGACCUCCUUUUGCACUUCACUUGUCAGAUCCCCGACGAAGAUAUUUCAAUUUCCGAGUUCUCUUGUAUCGAUCCACUCCGCAGUCUCUUCAACUCGUGACACAUAUCAGCGCGAAAAUACACACACACACACACACACGCAUACGCUCACGAACACCUCAACAUUACGUACGGGAAAGUCGCACAAUGGCCGAGCGUCGGGAGCCGUUCAAGCUGUAUGUAUUGUACGUAGAAGAAUUUACUAAUUAGGUGCGCACGCUGUGAGAUCGCCUCCUCGCCGUACGAUGAUUAUCGAUUUUCUAUUUUAUUUCGCAGCUGAAUCAGACGGUACACAUGCCCAAAGUUAUUUUCGUUGAACAAAUAUAGAGAUACAAGAUGUUGCGAAUUUAUUUAUGAACACCAAAAUAAAAAAGAAAGAAAAGGGAAAGAUAAAUAGAAAUUAGAAACGAUGGAGUGUACCAUCUUUUUCAGCUGCAACAACAUCACACAGUUGGCGAUUUAUUUUUGUGAGAAAUGCAUCGCGGCGAAUUAUCGAGAAAUAAAUACGUCGUCGACGUAGAGGCGCGAGCUCAGGCGUGAAAACAAAUAAAGCGAGCGAAUGCAGGAAACGCGUGCGAAAAAAAGGGAGAAUGCAAAGAGAGAAGCGACAGAGUGAAUGCAAUGCGUAUAAAUGCGUGUAAAUAGACGACAAAGAAAAACUCUGUAUAUAGUCAUAGAUUUACGUGCGACCCGUGAUAGUACAGUAGGCAACAAGGAAAAAAGUCCAAGAAUUAUUUUCCCAGCCACUACCCCCUCGGUUCGAUUCUGUUUUUCUCCGUUCCGCGCGAUCGGCGAGUGAAAAUAUUUAAAAAAAUGCGACGAUAUAAAAAAAAAAAAAAAAGAAGAAUGAGAAGAAAGCAAAACAUAAAAAGACAUAGAUACGUUCUUUCUAGUUCUAUUGUUCACGCAUAUAUGUAUAUCGCGUACAUGGCCCUUUCUAUCCUUCCGGAAACAGGUCCUAGAUUUGUACCGACCUAGUUUGCGCUGAAUAACAAAGAGAGCGACAGAAGUGUUGGCGAAAUAAAAAAAAGAGAGAGAGCAAAAAAAAAUACAAGAUGUGAAACACACACAAGCGAGAAAGUGCUGACGUUGUUGAGUAUAUAAGCCCGCGCAGCAAAAGCGCGUGCGGCGACGAAGCUCCGUGAUUUGCAAAGUCGAUACAAGCUACACUAUCGU